GAGGUGGAGGAGGAGGACGAGGAUGAGGACGAGGACGAGGAGGACGAGGUCAACAAGGAGGAUAAAGAUGAUUCAUGCAGUGAGGAAUCAUCUGUCCAGAAGCAGCAAAAACUAGCCUGGACUCCGUGUUUCUUCCUCAGGACAGAUAAAGAGGUGUACUAUUAUGUCGGGCAUAAAAUCGUCAUUGAGGAGGGUCUUGACUCCUAUGCAGGCAUGAUAUGGCCAGCGGCUCUGGCUCUCUGUCACUACCUGGACACUCAUCGUGAACAGCUGAGUCUUGUGGACAAAGCGGUCCUGGAGAUUGGGGCAGGAACUGGCCUCCUGUCUGUUGUGGCAGCUCUACUCGGUGCCUGGGUGACAGCCACAGACCUUCCAGAGGUUCUGAGCAAACUGAGAGUCAACCUGUCCAGGAACACCAGGGGCUACUGCAGACACACACCCCAGGUGGCAGCUCUGUCCUGGGGCCCUGACCUGGAGCGCACCUACCCUACAUCUGUCUACCGGUACGACUACGUGCUGGCGGCUGAUGUUGUCUACCAUCACGACUUCCUGGAUGAGCUUCUGGUCACCAUGAAGCAUUUCUGCAAACCAGGAACGACUCUGAUCUGGGCCAACAAGGUCAGAUAUGAGACUGAUCUGAAGUUCACAGAGGACUUUCAAGAGGCCUUUCACACGAGCUUGCUGGCUGAAGAUGGGGAAAUGAAGAUCUUCAUGGCGACUUCUAGAGAAGAAAAGCAAGAAGGUGAUGCAGGGCUGGAAAUCAAGGAUCUGCUGAGAGAGAAGGAGAGAGCAGAGGGUUCUCUAGAGGAUGGAGAAUGUUGCUCUGAAAAAAAGGAAGAUGAAAAACUAACUAUUGGCGACAGAGAACAAUGUGAAGUAUAUGAGAGGGAUCAACCAGAGAACAUUGAUUCAAGUUGUUGCACCACAAGCAGUGAUGAAGACUUUACAGAAGACAUCAAACAAACAGCUGUACAUAGCAGCUUUGAUAAAAAUAUCUACCAUUACGCAGGGCGGGAAAUAGUCAUUUAUGAGUCCAUAGACUCUUCUGGAGCCGUGAUGCGGCCAGCAGCGUCGGCUUUGUGCUCCUUCCUCCGCAAAAACAGGCAGAGGGUGAACCUGCAGGGGAAGAAGGUGCUGGAGCUUGGAGCAGGAACAGGACUGGUUACCAUUGUGGCCAGUCUACUGGGAGCGUCCGUCACAGCUACAGACCUGCCUCAGCUGCUGGGUAACCUCAGGUCCAAUGUGGUGAGGAACACCAGGGGGCGGUGCAGGCACACACCCAAGGUGGAAGCUCUGUCCUGGCGCGACGACCUGGAACAGACCCAUCCUACAUCUGUUUACAGGUACGACUAUGUUCUGGCAGCAGAUGUGGUCUACCGUCACGACUUCCUGGAUGAGCUUCUGGCCACCAUGAAGCAUUUCUGUCAACCGGGAACGACUCUGAUCUGGGCCAACCGCGUCAGAUUUGAGUCUGAUCUGACUUUCACUGACAACUUUAAAAAUACCUUUAACACAAGUUUGCUUGCUGAGGUUGGGGAGAUGAAGAUCUUCAUGGCAACGUGCAGAGAGUAAAGAGGCAUGGAACAGUUAUUGCACAGGACCAGAGGGGCCCCUAAGCCAGAGCCUGUGUUGAAAGUGACUGUUUUUCCAACAUUUCUUUUUGGAAAAUCAAAUCAAUUACAGUUUUUUGCUCCAAAUCAUUUAUUACUGAGCAUCUGCUAGUAGAGAGCAGGACCCAGUAUAAAGAAUUUAAUUUUCUUUUCAAUGUAAUAAAAUGUAGAAUAGCCCAGAUUUAAGAAAAGGUAACCUGCAUCACAGGUUUUAUUUAAAAUUGUGCUUAUAUUUUGUAAAAUAUCAAUGAAGAAGAGUGUUAUUGAGGAUCUAUUGUAGCAGAAGGGUUAGGAAAAAUGUAGACAAAAUUUUGGGCUCUAUUCAUCACCUGCAUGAACACAAUACUGAAGUUUAGGUGCAGUUUUUAGCCAACAGUAGAACAAUAGUAGGUCACAAAGGCCUUUUACUGUGUGCUGCAUAUUUUACAUACAAAUAAGAUCAUGUUAAAGGUUAUAAAGUGUUAAUAAUACUCAGCACUGAUCUCACUGUUUGAACCUGCAAACAGCACAGAUAGUAAAAGAGGAGAAGUACAGCAUGUGCUUUACUUUAGUUGUUGUCCUGAAUCAUAUCAAUGAUCUUUCAGUGUGGAACUGAAACAAUUAGUCAAUUAAUCCACUGACAUGCCUAGUUUGUCAUUUUGUCAUGCAAUGUUUGCUUGUUCCAGCUUCUCAAAUAUGAGGAUUUAAUGCUUUUCUUUUUAAUAUUUGAUAGUAAACAGCAUAUCUAUAUGACUGUUUCUCAUACAAAGCGAGCAAGUCUAGUCUAAGAGCAUCCGCAUCAGUUAUGAAAUUGUCUAUUUUUGGCAUGAGAAUUGUAAUUUUUUACAUUUUUAUUGUUUAAUACAGUAAUAAA